AUGCUGUACGACAACGCUUUAUUGAGUGUCGCUUAUUUGGAAGCAUAUCAGGCAACGGGGAAAGUCUUUUAUCGUCAAGUCGCCGCGGAAACGCUAGACUACGUUUUGGAUGAGAUGUACGAUGCGGAAAAGGGUGGAUUUUACUCAACACAAGAUGCGGACAGUGAGGGGGUUGAAGGCAAGUUUUUCGUCUGGGAGCAGGACGAAGUGGAACGACUCCUUGGAGAGGAGAAAGCUAAGAUCUUCUGCGAAUAUUAUGAUAUUACCGAGCAUGGCAAUUUUGAGCACAAAAAUAUCCUGCAUGUCCAGACCCCGGCAGAGCUGUUUGCUAGAAAACUGAGCAUAGAUUUGGGCGAGAUAGAGGACAUACUCGCCGAAGGGAAGCGGAAACUCUUUGAAGUCCGCGAGGAACGGAUUAAGCCCGGUCUAGACGACAAGAUUCUCACAAGUUGGAACGGUUUGAUGAUUCGGAGCAUGGCGAUGGGGUAUCAGGUCCUCGGCGACGAACGUUAUCGGGAAGCCGCAGAAAAAUCUCAAAACCACGAAACCCUCAUCGUCCGAUCGAAGCCGGGCUAUGACGGCGCAACCCCUGCCGGUGUGUCGAUGGCACUCCACAGUUUGUUGCGGCUUGACAAGCUGCUCAAUCGACCUGAUUUCCGGGAAAAGGUGGAGACCACCCUCGAUGUCUAUUAUCAUCAAAUUGAGCAUUCGCCCAGCGGAUCGGCGCAGAUGCUUUGCGAACUUGAUUUUCUGCUGUCCACGCCCAAAGAGAUUGCGAUUGCUGGUCAACGAGAGAAUGAGGAUACUCAGGCUGCGUUGGCGGCUGUUCAUAGCCGCUAUAUUCCUAACAAAGUGCUCGCUUUGGCUAGCGACGGAGAAGAUGUCAGCGAUUUGAUUCCGCUUCUGGAAGGUAAGACGCAGGUUGAUGGUGAGGCGACAAUCUAUGUUUGCGAGAACUACACUUGCCAAGCCCCGACGACGGAUGUGGAGGAAUUGGCGGAGCUGCUUCAAUAG